UCGAGCCAUGACAAUUGUUGAUAAUCAACUGGAGUUAUUUUUUUUUGCAAUUGAGUGAAACCAUUUCAAGCCAAGCCCUUUCCCUCCGGGGGGCUUUUGGAUCACAUCACAGCAAACAUAAGAUACAGACGUGCAUGAAGGGUUAAUGGAAAAUCCAAGGGAUAUGGCUGAGCACACACUCCGCACAGAGCGGAAGAGAAGAGAUUCAUUCGGAAUGUUUGACGGGUAUGACAGCUGCAGUGAGGACAGCAGUAGCAGCUCCAGCUCGGAGGACAGUGAAGAUGAGGUCCCCAGCAUCCCCGCCAGCCUGCCUAUCAUCAAAAACAAUGGCCAGGUGUACACCUAUCCUGAUGGAAAAGCAGGAAUGGCAACCUGUGAAAUGUGUGGUAUGGUUGGUGUGCGAGAUGCUUUCUACUCUAAAACAAAGAGAUUCUGUAGUGUGUCCUGCUCCAGAAGCUAUUCCUCCAAUUCUAAAAAGGCCAGUAUACUGGCACGACUUCAGGGUAAACCACCAACAAAAAAGGCAAAGGUCUUACAGAAACAGCCAUUAAUGGCUAAGUUGGCAGCUUAUGCACAAUAUCAAGCAAAUCAACAGAACCAAGCUAAAUCAAAAUCAGUUGUUACUGUUGAAGGCUUUGACUGGGGCCGGUACAUCUGUAGCAAUAAUCUGAUUGGGGCACCAGUCAGCUGUUUCAAACAUGUGCCCAUGGGUAUGUGCUGGGGUGACAUAGCUGAGGGGGUGAGGGUGGAGGUCCUCAAUUCUGACACAAACCUCUCCACCAAAGUUUACUGGGUAGCAGGAAUUGUCAAAUUGGCAGGUUUUAAAGGUCUACUGCGCUAUGAGGGUUUUGAUAAUGACUCAACCAGAGACUUCUGGUGUAACCUGUGCAUCCCAGAAGUCCAUCCUGUUGGAUGGUGUGCUUCUAGUGGAAAACCACUGGUGCCUCCUAAAUCCAUCCAGCAUAAGUAUUCUAACUGGAAAGCAUUUCUUGUGAAACGACUCACUGGUGCCAAAACUCUUCCACCGGAUUUUGCCACAAGGGUGCAGGAGAGCAUGCAGUACCCGUUUAAGAAACUGAUGCGUGUGGAAGUGGUGGAUAAGGCUCAGCUGUGCCGGACUCGUGUGGCCCUGGUAGAACAAGUAAUCGGUGGGCGUCUGCGCCUGGUCUAUGAGGAGAGCCAGGAUGGCACUGAUGACUUCUGGUGUCACAUGUUCAGCCCUCUCAUCCAUUCCAUUGGCUGGUCACGAAGCAUCGGACAUCGUUUCAAAAGAUCCGAGGUGAUGAAGAAAAUAGAUGGUCUGAUGGAUGCUCCCUCACAGUUGUUUCUUAAGGUUAAGGAUGUGGACCAGAGUGGGGAAUGGUUUAAAGACGGAAUGAAGUUAGAGGCAAUAGAUCCUCUCAAUCUCUCUGCUAUAUGUAUUGCUACUGUAAGAAAGGUAUUGGCAGACGGGUAUCUAAUGAUCGGGAUUGAUGGUUCUGAGGCUGCUGAUGGGUCAGACUGGUUCUGCUACCACUCUACCUCUCCUUCCAUCUUCCCUGUCGGCUUCUGUGAAAUCAACAACAUUGAGCUCACACCCCCAAGAGGGUACACCAAACUCCCUUUCAAAUGGUUUGACUACCUCAGAGAAAAAGGCUCAAUUGCAGCCCCUGUGAAGCUCUUUAACAAAGACGUGCCAAAUCAUGGCUUCCGUUCUGGAAUGAAGCUGGAGGCAGUGGACCUGAUGGAGCCACGUCUGGUGUGUGUCGCCACGGUGACCAGGAUUGUUCACAGACUCCUGCGCAUUCACUUUGAUGGCUGGGAGGAUGAGUAUGAUCAGUGGGUGGACUGUGAGUCUCCAGAUCUCUACCCAGUAGGCUGGUGUCAGCUGACUGGCUAUCAGCUGCAGCCGCCCGCUGCACAGGCAACAAGAGAAGCACCACCAAAUGUCUUCAAACAGAAAAAGAAGACUGCGCAGUAUAAAGGACAAAAGAAAAAGAGGAAGAUUCCAGUUGGGAGGAGGCCAAUCGGUUUGGGUGGGCCUCUGAGGAGGAGGAGCUUCUCGGGUGAUGAAGAGCAGACUCCACCCCAUUACCUGUCCCACUUCUCUGGGUCCAGGCGACCUCCCAUCUCAGGUGUAGAGCAUGAUCGCUCUCUCAACUCAGAGGCCUCACUGCAGUUAAAGGAGGAGACUCCAGAGAUCGAUGAGUUCACCUUCUCGCAGGGCAUCUCGGAUCAGGAGAGCAACGGCUCAGGCAGUUACUACAUCCGACAGGAGCCCUGAGCAUCACAAGCCAUCGCAGAGGCUCCCUUCACUGCCAACAGCACUGGAAAUAAAAUCUCACUCUGAGCAUUGCUCACGAGGCCUGGGAAACACACAGUGACUUCCCCUCAACACCAGGUCUCUCUCUUUUGUUCCCUUUUCAGGUUAGGAAAGCUAAAGAUUUUGCAGUCCAAUUUAAUCCGAGAGAGAUGUGUGUGACAAAAGGGGAUUUUGUUUGGAAUGACAAUACUGUUGUUUGUUCUGACUUUUUGUUUUAACAAUUUGCCCAAUGGACUUUUUUUUUCCCCCUAUGUGUUCAUUGUACUUGAAGUUUUCUUUGCUUUUUUUUUUUCUUCUUUAUUUGCCCUUUUUUCCUUUUUGGUGAAAAACAAUUUCCUUUUUAUUGUAAGAUUUCAGUACCGUGUGUGUUUCUUGCGCUGUUUUGGAUGGGUGUGCAUUUGGUAAGAGUAGUAAAAAAAAAAAAAAUCUUUAUUGAGACAGUAUAUUCAUAUAUGUAUGACAUUCAUAUUAAACACACACGUGUAUAUAUAAAUAUUUAAACAUAUAAAUAUAGUAGUGGAAUGAGGGGUGAUGGUAUUGAAAUCAAACCUUACUGGUAUGAAGAGUAGACUAAUGGAAAACACUCACAAUUUGCACUACAGGGGUAAAAAUAUGUAUUGGCCUGUAAAAGGAACGUAAAAACUUGCAGCUUUAUUAUAUUACUCGAUUAGCAAACAGUUAUAGAAAUGGGACGUGCUCAAGUCAAUUUGAAGAUUGAUAUGCAAAAAAAAAAAAAAAACAGAAUACGCCAAUGUUGUUAUCUUUAUGAUUUCAUACUCAAGAGCCAUUUUUAUAUGGGAUGAUUGAAGUAUUUCUUGAGCCUCAGAAUAAACAUAAGCAAUCAUUGCUAACUGAACACUACCUUUCUGUCAUUUUUGAUGUGACAGCGCAGCAGAGAAUUCUUCUGGAAGACUCCUGAUAUGUUUCUAGUAUGAGAAACAUAUCUUUCUAAUAUAAAACUUUAGUCUAUGAACAGUACAGCAGCAGCUUGUUUGUUUACCAGCCUCUACCCAGUGACCGUCAAGGUCUAAGCUGAGAAGAAUUCUGCAUCCCAUGUAUUUCACUUAAAUCACAGCAUUCAUUCCAGAAUAAAAACAAAACAUUUUACUACCUCUAUAUGCAGUGAUUUUUAAAUACACACAGAUUGAGGAUUCAGUCAAGUUCAAUUGGUUCCUCUGCCUCACCAAGGUUGCAAUAGGUAGUUUUCAUGCUCCGUUUGAAAGGGUAUAUUCAUUAUAUUUAUGCAAAAGACAAAUAUCCACACUUGGAAUCAUGGCUUAUUUCACUUUACAAGUCUACACAUUGUUUAUAUUUAUAUCAUAGCAUGUUAUUGACAGAGUCCUUGAAAUGGAGAAUGUUAUGCAAUAAUAAUGUCCAUUUGGUUUUAUGAUGUCUUGCUCUGAAAAAACUCAAAUGCAUAAAUAUAUAUAGGCUAGAUACAUUCUAUAGUCUUCAGAUUUGUAAUUCUUACAAUAUACUGAGAAACUGACCAUUUUCUAAGAGCUAGACUUGAGCUUUCCCUGUUACAGAAUAUUCAGAGUGUACAUAACCUUUAUGACAUCAUAUAGAAUUCAACUGAUUUUACACUUGCAUAGUGGUUUAUCUUAGUAUAAUUAUAAGCUCUAUUCAAUACCAGUAAGGUUGUCUGUGAACUCUCAGGAAACGUAUUUCAUUGACUUCUGCUUUAUUUGAAAGUCCGCGGCUAAGUGCUUGAUCAUUCGAUUAGAUUUAAGAUGCUCCAGUUUUUGAUUGUUUCUAAGAUUCAAAGCUCCUGACAAAUGUGACCUUGUUUUUACUCCUUUCUCCUCUGCUUUCCAUCAGCUUUUGUAAAUGGUCACCCCAAUGUUAUAGUUUGGUCCAUGUUAAGUUAUGGUUUGUUUUAUAAAGGAUCAAAUGUGUUCUAUUUUGUUUGCUAUUUUAACAAUUGUUUAAACAAAUGUUUGUUCUGAAACAAAUGUUUGUUGAUUUAUUUUUUUAUCUUUUGUUUCUUCCAUAGGUGUUGUAUGCAUGUGUAGUUAGUUUUUAAAAUAUAUACACUGUCAUGUAUUUAAUUUGUUAACUUCAAACUGGGACUUUGUUGUAGCUACAUUUAAAUCAUCUGCAGCAUCAACUUACUUCUGUUAUGUUGGUACAUUUGGUUUCAAUUCUUUCAAAUGUAUGAAUUUUACAUUUACUUCCAGUGUCAUUUUCCUCUUCCCAACCAUGGCACCAGGAUUUAGGUACACACUGGUUCAAAUCAUCGGAAUUUGCAGUUCCUUUUUUUUUUUUUUACAAUACCAAAAUCCCUUAAUCAUUUGCAAUGAUUCAAAUAUGACUGUUGAGACAAAUUUAGCUGCUACCCUCAAAUGAAUUAAACCCCAUGCACAACCUCACGUUUAAGUUAACACUCUCUAGUCAGCUAAAUUGAUGCCUUAUCCUCUGUGUUAUGUUUUGUGUCUACAUAAGCAAAGCUAUUGGUUUAAAAAUGGAGUACAAAAUAUAAACAAAAAUAUGUUGUCCAGUAGAGUGAUGAAUAUCUGCAUGCAGAAAAUGUGAGAAUUUCAUGAGGACCAGUGCCGUUCUGGUCUCAGUACUAACACGGGUUUUUGUGAUGUUCCCUCUGUCCUCAGUAAUCACAUCAUGGUGCUAUAUAUAUAUAUAUAUAUUUGAUAACUCGUUCAUUAGGUCUAUUAAAGGAUAAUUAAGUCUGUAAUUAUAAGUUGGUGAUUAUAACUUCAAAUCUGUAUUUUGGAUACAAGUAGCCAAAUCAUUUGUCAUAAUGAAAAAAUAACUAAUAUCAACCCUCAUAAUGGUGAGGGUGUUGAGUUUGUAUCUUUUUGAUAGUCUAUCUGGUCUUUGCUUUAUUUCUAAUGAUGAUGAUGAUGUGUGCUGUGAUAUAGGGUUUGAUAGUGUAUAUGUAUAUAGUUCAACAGUGGGGGAUUUUGUUGGUUGAAUUUUAUGUUCAUUUGUUUACAAGCAUUUCAAACUGUCCGCAUGGCUGUGAAAAUGUCUGUUGAAUUUGAAAACAAAAAACUUUUUACACUGAAUUAAAAGGGAUACUUAAAAUGUAUGUUUU